GAAUUUCCCGUCGUUUGUCAAAAGACUCAAUGUAUUUUUUGCAUCGGAAACGAGCGGCUUCCCUACGAGCAACGAACGCGCACCUUUAACCGCGUUUCGCACAUGUGGGACCAUGUCGAGAAUGUUCACUUGAGCAAGGUGCCAGCAGAGCAGCGGAUCAUCUGCUACCACCCUGUCUGCAAGGCUCAAGGAUUGGUUCUCGACCACGUUAUGCACUUCAAAAAUCACGUGGCGAGAGUCCACAAGAUCGACCUCCGACCGAGGGUUUUUCCUUAUUGA